CAGAUUUGACCUCCCUCUAGGAAUUGCUAAACUACAGCUCGCCCCAUGGUUCAACUGUGCAACUGCACUCUGCCUGUACACAACACACCCACAUUUUGCACACUGCUUUCAUAACCUUUGACCAAGGGAAAGAGUUUGUCUGCCAUGAAGUGGGUGCUUGUGACCAUCUGCAUUGCUGCCUUGGCAGCUCUUUUUGGGCAAAGACUUCUUAAAUUGAGUGAAAUAGCCCUUGCCAACAGAGAAGUGCCUGUUAAACGCCUCCCCAACUGUCACCUGUUAAAGAAUAUAGACUAUGGAGCAGAGGACUUCACCAUACUUAGAGAUGGACUGGCCAUCAUAAGCACCGGCUUGAAGUAUCCUGGACUGCCCUCCUUCUCUGAUGACCCAGGGAAGAUCUAUACCCUGGACCUGCUGGACCCCAGACUGACCCCUGUGGAGCUGACAAUCAAAGGAGACCUGGACCGGGACUCUUUCAACCCCCAUGGAAUCAGUAUCUACAUUGACGAGACAGAUAAAACCAUCCAUCUGUUUGUUGUCAAUCACCCUCAACAUUACACGAGCCAGGUAGAGAUCUUUCUAUUUGUCGAAGAGGACAACACCAUUGUGCACCUGAAAACUAUAAAGCAUGAUCUCCUUCAUAGUGUGAAUGACAUUGUGGCUGUGGGAGUGGAGAGCUUCUAUGCCACCAACGAUCACUCCUAUCCCAGUGAAGUGCUCCACAUGCUGGCUGUCUUCCUGGGUCUACCCUGGGCCGAUGUAGUUUACUACAGCCCUGAAGGAGUGAAGGCAGUGGGCGAUGGCUUCCUAUCUGCAAACGGCAUCAACAUGUCGCCCGACAAAAGGUAUUUAUACGUGUCCGCUAUUAUGGACCAUGAGAUUGCUGUUUUUGAGAUAACCAAAAGCAAAGACUUGGUACAUGUCAAGUCUGUAGCCGUUGGGUCUCUUUGUGACAACAUCGAGGUGGACCAUGUGACAGGUGACAUAUGGCUGGGUUGUCACCCUAAUGGAGCAAAGGCAGCAGCAUGUGACCCUAAGGAUCCACCUGGAUCGGAGGUCAUUAGGAUUCAGGACAUCCACUCUGAGAAGCCAGUGGUGACCCAGGUGUAUGCUGAUGACGGGAGUGUGCUCAUAGGAUCCUCUGUAGCAGCUCCCUAUGAAGGAAAGCUUCUCAUAGGAACAGUCUACCACAAAGCCCUGGUCUGUGAUCUGAAGUAGCCAAUGAUUCCUUUUAGACAUCUCAUUUCAAAAUCUUUGUGUGUAUAUAGAUGCAGUAAUGACACUCAAACCGUAUUGUACUCCAAAUCUGUGCUGUUUCUGUAUAGUACAUCGUGUCUGGUGUAAUAUGAUUGAAAAGUAUAAAUAUUCCACACGGUUGCCCCAAUAUAACACUGCAAUUGCUAUGAUGCAAUGGCAUGUGUCAUUAUGUCACUCUUUUAAAGUCCUUACCACUCCAUAGUGUCUGAUGCAGGUGCGUAGGAGUCAAAAUAACAAUACUGGAAGAGAUGGAGACCCUGCACACUGUCCAAAAAAUUAAUAAAUCCAAAUCUGAGUGCUUG